AGAAUUCUCUUGCGGGAGGAGGUGGUAUUGGGAGACGAAGUUUGAGCUAGUUUCGAUGUUUUGGUUUGUGUGCCGGGGUUUGAGUGAGGGCAUGCAGCAUUCUUGAGCUGUUGCAUCUGUUGCGGCUGUGUUCUGGAAUAGCUACAGGCGCCUAAACAAGCAUCGCAGUUUGUGUGGCCACUGGUCAUGCUGGGCUUAAGAGUCGGCAUCAAGUCCAUCAUAUUCGCAGCCGUCCAGUUUCUUUGGCGUUGGGGGUGCGAAGCUUUUAGAUUACUUGCUUCGUUCAUUUGCCCAGAGAGAGGGAGAGCGAGAGUGGAAGUGUUGAAAUCGGCUCGGGAACGUUUAAGGAUUAGAAGCAGAUUAGAAGCAGGAGUGGUUACAACGGCAAGCAACGAUGUAUGGGUACGGGGGUGGCAUGAUGAGGGGCCCAAUGAUGAACCAGGGGUUGUCCAAAAUAGAUGAUCUGGACUAUGAGCUAUGGCACGCAUGUGCAGGGCCUCUUACGUCUCUGCCUCCAGUAGACAGCCUUGUGAUUUACUGGCCACAAGGGCAUAUUGAGCAGGUUAUUGCAUGUACGCCAGAUUCAGCCGGCGCUGCGGAUGUCCGAGAAGCAUCUAGUCAUUUUAAGUUGCCCUCUCAUUUGCUUUGCAGGAUAGGCCAGCUUGAACUACAAGCCGAUCCUAAUACUGAUGAAGUUUUCGCGCAGAUGGAUCUUCUUCCUCAAGAUGAGGGUUCGGUGACGAAAGAGAUGAAAGAAGCUCCCUCUGCAAUCAAGCAGAGCAGCGUUAAGAUGUUCUGUAAAACUUUAACAGCUAGUGAUACGAGCACCCAUGGAGGGUUUUCAGUUCCCAGAAGAUCAGCUGAAGACUGCUUGCCUUUACUUGACUACAAUAUGAAUCCUCCAUGUCAAGAAUUGGUGGCAAAAGAUUUGCACGGACAGGAAUGGAAGUUUCGACACAUCUAUCGAGGCUAUCCUCGCAGGCACCUUCUCACAACAGGUUGGAGCACCUUUGUUUCUGCAAAGAAGCUAGUUGCUGGAGACACUGUCAUAUUCCUUCGGGGAGAAAACGGUCAGCUCAGAGUUGGAGUACGAAGGGCUUCGAAGCAACAGCCACAAGCACAUUCUACCUAUUUCUCGAGCACCAACCUGCAUCUUGGUGUCUUAGCAGCCGCUUCCCAUGCCUCUCGGGAAGGAAUGCGAUUCAGCGUCAUUUAUAACCCCAGGACCAGUCCAUCCGAGUUUGUGAUUCCGUAUCACAAGUUUUUGAAGGCCAUGGACUAUAACCUCGCAGUUGGGUCCCGUUUCAGGAUGAAGUUUGAAUCAGAAGAAUCUUCUGGGAGGAGGUACGCUGGCACAAUUACCGAAGUAAAUGAUGCUGAUCCUCUGAGAUGGCCCAACUCACUGUGGAGAUCAAUGAAAGUAGAGUGGGACGAAGUUAUUUCAGCUAGUGAUAGGCACGAAAGGGUUUCACCAUGGGAGAUCGAGCCAUUUGUGCCGAUCUCAACUUUGCCCCCUCCUCUAGGGGGGGCGCGGCAGAAGCGUCGCUCACCUACUCUUGUGAAAGAUCCCCUUCUGGGAACCAGCCAAAGUGUGCUAGAUUCUUAUCAGUCGAAUAAACUGUUUAAGGUCCUGCAGGGCUUUGACUCUCGCAAUGAAUUUAGUAUGGAAGAUGAAGAGGAUGAAGAUGUAGUCUGUUCUCGAAAUACCUCGUGGAACGUCAAGCCCGAGCCACCACCAAAGACUGUACCCCAGGCAAUGCCUGCGCAGCAAAGCUGGUUCCCACGUGCAGAUAUGCCAUCCUUUGGAGUUCCUGUUGCUCCACAUCAGCCUCUUAUCAGCCCUAGGGUGCCAUCUGAGAAUAUGAAUUUGCAGCUGUCUGUAAACCCUGCCAGCUCAGAGCAAGCUCCUGGCAAUGAUCAUUCGUCUGCGUCCUGGUCAGACUUUAGUGGUGGUUGUCUAAACUUCAAUUGGCUUUACAAUGCAUCUACACCUCGUCCAGUUUUUGAGAGAAGCAACCUGCCUACCACCUCGCUUAACAAUGAAUCGGCAUCAAAAAUGUUGCCACCACAAGUGAUACCACCUUUUGAAGCGAGGGACAAAGUGGAGUUAGUGAAACUGCGUACUACUCCUGCGUUGGUGCAGCCGUGCAAGUUGUUUGGAUUUGAUCUGGCCGACAAGAAAGUACCUUCCUCUGUGACGUUAGCGCCAUCUCAUGGUGAGGUCUCUGAAGUAACAGUUGAAUUACUUAGAACCGAUCUUACGUCUGGAGGCCAUCUUGGAAACAAGCUCACAGCUGAAAGUUGCCAGGCGACCCAGGCGCAUGUUACUCCGAUGAGAAGUGGCAUUAAGGUAUAUCAACCAGGGAAAGUCGGUCGCACUAUCGAUCUUAAAAAGUGUGAAAGUUACACUGGUCUGAGGCGAGUGUUGGCAAAUCUCUUCAACCUCCAAGGGCAGCUGGAUGAUGUUACCAAGGGCUGGCAAUUGGUGUACACAGACCACGAGAACGAUGUUCUUCUCGUCGGAGACGAUCCCUGGGAGGAGUUCUGCGGAUGUGUACGGAGUUUGAAGAUUUUAUCUCCACAAGAUGUUGCUGGGCAGAGUGUGGGGAAGUUUCCCACUAGCAGCUGCGAGAAUGAUGAUGGACGACAGUAGCAGCUAAUGGAGGUCCGCUUAAGUGACCGCGGCACAACUGUUAAUACUGCUGUCCUUUUUAUUUUUCCUUUUUUGAAAUUUUGACUGCACCCCCCUGAAUUACAGUUGAUGGCUAUGGACGAAGGCGUUUUCUCCUCUUCAGGAGAGUUUUGGACUUACGGAGCCUCUUCUUUGUACAGAACCUAGAACAGGCGGUGAUGGGACAAUGAUGAAAGACGUAGGAUUGUAUACAGCGGCGGACGAGAUUUACGGUUAUCUAUAGAGCUCUCAGUUCACAAGAGCUGAAAGACACAGUUAUCUCAGUUAAAUGGUGUGUGCACCGUUGGAGUGCUUAAUUCUCCAUGCUUUGUGAAUGUGGUCCUUGAGGAAGGCAGUCGCUUCUCAUCUUCAUGGAAUGUACAUGUGCCGGGUUUAAUUGACAGUAGCCAUUGUAUUUCGUCGUGUUGUUGCUACAUGUAGUAGCACGGUAGUUAAGAUUGUGGACGAGACAACGCUUGAAGUGCCUUUCAACUAGGCCCUGGAACCGCACGCUUUGAACUAGAUAUUGUCCUAUUCACAGAGUGGUCGUAUGCGAGGUGAGCAAGGUAUAUGUAUUACUUUGUAUGCCUCUCUAACCGUUGGAAUUGAAUCAGGGGAUUGAAUCAAGAUGUUGAUUUUACACAUUCUCCUUCCAUUAAGUAAA